GGACUAUCGCAUCCGGGAACGUGUGUAUGAGACCCAUACCAUAAUGUUCGGUAUCAUUUCACAAUCUAGUUGGCCAAAUUUCUCUUUCGAGAACGCCGUACAUAUUGAGUAAACGAAUUUUAAAUAUUCCCGCCGCCUCUGAAGCUAAGGAAGCCCAGCGAUAGUAACAUCAUGAUGACGUAACGCAGCCGCACGAAUGGGAGGGCUGCGCAGACGACAGUCUCCGAGCUCGUCUGCUUCGGGUUUGAGUCGCCAUCGUCGCCAUUUACCUCGCGAAAAGUCAUCGAUAAAUACGCCGACUUCCGCUUGUGAUUGCGAGUUCUGACGCGACCAUGUCGCGUGAAACACGGUGUUACGUUCCUGGGUGUACGAACACUUCGGGCUCUAACCCAGAAGUGACAUUCCACAAGCCGAGGGACAGUGACACGAAGCGAAAAUGGGAGGCAGUAGUCGCCAGCAGACAUCCUGACGUACGAGGAGAAAUACAUGUGUCCCGCGUUUGUUCUUCACACUUUGCGGAGGAUGCGUACAUGGAAACGGAUGUUCUACAAAUCCGACUUGGAGUUCCGAAACGAAAGCGGCUGAAGGCUGACGCCGUGCCCACAAUAUUUCCGGAACCAACUCGGCCGCGGUCUGCUGAGGUCCAGUCCACCAGCUUCACUGAAGCCAGUGCAAGUGACGUGGAAAGGAUGGAAUCAGCAAGCGAUGCGGGUGAAUGUUUCAGCCUACAACAAUCCAUGUCAUCAGCGGGUCCGGAAAAUGUGCUAGUGCUGGAUGGACUGCCCCUUGAACCAUUUGUGCCCUACCAGAUAGUCAGCCAAUAUGGGUUCCAUUACACAUUAGUACCGCACAAGCCAGAAUCUGUAGCGGAAAGGGUUCAGGACAAGGAAACACAAACAGCUAUUCCGACAUCCACGCUUGGCACUCAAACUGGGUUCCACAUGCAAAGUAGGGAAAGCCAGACAGGCAUGAGCCUUCCCCCUUCCAGCUCCCUUCUGUUGACAUCAUCUGAGCUAGCAACUUGGUGUCCAGAAGACAGCAACAUUGAAAGCGUGGAGGUCUCUGCAGGACAGGCUUCCAUGCAGCAUAUAGGUGCACCAGCAUUUGAGGAACUGAUGCCAACAGAUAUGCUUUACAUGCCUCUUUCGCCCGUCCACUGCUCCACCCCAGCUAGAGAAGAACUUGAUACAACCUUGGGAUCUACAUGCCAGCCUGAUCCGAAGGACGUGACGGUCCACUCAUCUGAAUUAACAGAGGGAUCAGAGACUGAAGAUGACGAAUAUGAGAAGGAACAUGAGGGACAUCAUUCUAAAUCCCAUGUGCAUCGAACGCUAAAUCCAGAGGAACGUCUCUUCCUGGUGGCGGAGUCAAGUCUGCGAGAGCUCCUGUCACAGUGUCCUUGUGGCAGCAGCGAUGCUGAAACAGACAUCUCAACAAGGGGCACAUGGCUGAGAGCAGCAACUGCUUGCAGCUGUGGGAAACUGCGUACAUGGUCCAGCCAGCCUUGGGUGGAAGACAGGCCACUCGGAAACAUUCUGCUCUGUAGUGCGAUUCUGUUUUCCGGCGUGAACAUAACCAAGGCAUUUCGUAUGUUUGCCAUGAUGAAGGUGCCAACACUGACUUUGUCGCAGUACUUCAGAACACAGAAACAGCACCUCUUUCCUGCCGUGAAUGAUGUCUUCCUGAGCAGACAAGCUGAGCUACUAGACCGGCUCCGCCCAGUGCCCCUGACCCUUGCGGGAGAUGGCCGAUGUGAUUCGCCAGGCCACACAGCCCUCUAUGGCACUUACACACUGCUUGAGACAGUUGCCAAUAGGAUCAUCCACUUUGAAUUGGUCAAGUCAACAGAAGUCUCAAGCAGCAAUGCCAUGGAGGUACAUGGUCUAAAGAACUGCCUUGCCUACCUUGAAGCACAUGACAUGGUUGUGGACACCAUAGUGACUGACCGCCACACUGCAAUAAAGUCUGUGUUAAGGGAAUUGUGUCCACACAUCAAACACCGUUUUGACGUGUGGCACGUUGCGAAAGGGAUCAAGAAAAAGCUUGUGUCUCUCAGCCGCUCCACAAAGCACCACGUUGUGAAGUUCUGGAUAGAGAGCCUUAUCCGACACAUAUACUGGUGUCCAAAGUACAGUGGGGAAAGUGGUGACCUUUGUCUGGCGAAGUGGGUAUCGGCAGUGAACCACAUUGUCGAUGUCCAUGAGCAUGACAACCCACUGUACCCAGUUUGUUAUCAUGGCCCAGUUUCAGAACCACGAGAAUGGCUCAAAGAAGAUAGUGAGACGUACGCAAAGGUCAAGGACAUCUUGACAGCACCCGCACUGCUCAGGGAUGUCCCUAUGCUUUCUACAAAACAACAGACAUAUGGCCUGGAGUCAUACCACAGUGUCCUGAACCACUUCGUUCCGAAAUCCUAUUCGUUUUCUGACGAGGGGAUGGUGGCCAGGACACAGUUGGCAAUACUCCAUUACAACGAGAAUGCUGACCGUGUGCAAGUGGAAAGAGAGGGCUCCAAGCAGUUCCGACUGAAGCCAUCCAAGCUGAAAAAGACGUGGGUGGCCGUACCCCUCAAAGAAAAUGCUACCUAUGAUUAUGCGGCAACACUGAUUGCAGAGGUUCUGACUCGCAUUCAAGAACACCAAAUGCAGUCAGCAGCUGCAGAAACUCGGCCAGCUCGUUCAGCAACAUAUGGCGAGAAGCCAACUCUUAGGCAAGCUGUGGAACAACACCAAACACGGUUCCAGAAGGGAAAGUAGGCCAUGUCCACACCGGCUGAGGACCACGGACAGCUGGCCAUCUUGACAUAUGACACCACAAACGGCCCUUUUCAGGGCCAACCAAUGCUUUACGCAAAGACAAGCGUUGCUUGUAGAUCAACCCACCUCAUAUGACAUUGCAUAUUAAUUCUCAAACCCAUUUUGAUAACUGCAUAACUAAAAUCAUUAAAGGGACUAUCGCAUCCAUGUGUGUACGUUAGUCGUCGCUUAACAGUUAACUUGGCCAAAAUUCACUUCCAUAAACAGCUGAAGACAAAUUUGUCACUCUCAGCCGCUAUCAGCCUUGUGUGUGUGACGUUUGCUCCAAUACUCUAAUAUCCGUCAUCCGCUCUUGCCCACAUGAUUGUCAGUGAGCAACGUAGAAAAAAAUGUCACUGCAGUGGCACAAUCAAUUGGGACGGAUGCGGCAGCCCCUUUAAGCAGUACCUGUUGUACUAAAAGAAGUCUUAUGGAUAUGCUGAAUUGCAAAACUAUAUUUUAUUAUAACCAAGUUAACAUUUUUUUUUCAUUCCAGCACAUGGGCAGUUCCGAGAAGACAGCAGCCUGGAAUCUACUGAAAUUGCGAACAACAGUAUCAUCACCAUCUGUGCAUGGAUAUUAAAUACCACUGUAGCAUUUUGUUAUGCAAAGGAAAUAUUAAAACGAAAAACACG